UCACCUUUUUUUUUCCCUAUAAAUUGCGGGAGCCUUCAUUUCCUACCAAGCUCUCUCUCGUCAACUUUUUCCACUAUUGACACUCCAACCCCUCUCAGAACCCUCAAAAAAGUUUCCCGAAAUCCCUAAUCUAUUCACUAAAUCCACUUCUCAAGAUUUUUUCACUCAAGUUACGAAUUGGAGAGGUAUCUGCGAUUUGUGAAGUAAAUGGAGGUGACUGCCGGAGUAGCGGCAGCCUCACGAGGUUCGUUGUCGAGGAAGGAGUGGCGAGCGGUUACGGAGCAGCAGCAUAGAAAUGGUGGUGGUGGGGAAGAGGUGAAUUUGGAACGUUCAAAGUUGGGGCAAUCAGAUGAGAGAACAAUAUAUGAGGUGCAGCAUGGAAGAGAGCCUGUUGAUGUGGACUUCUGUUCGAUCACAGUUGAUGGGGGUUUAGAUGAUGACAUCUUGCAGCAGCGAAUUCACAGCAUUGCUAGACAAAGAGAAGAGUUGCAACACAUGGAGACUGAGCUCAGAGCUCAAGUGAUUGCGGGGUCUGAGAUCAUGGAAAUACAGAAAAGCUUCCAUGCACAAAUCAAAGAACGUGAAGAUGCUGCUGCAAAGCUUCAGGAACAACUGCAUGAAAGGGGACAGACCAUACAUGACUUGGAAAGGAGAAUGGAAGAAAAAGAUAGAGAACUGCAUGCAAUUAAAUUAGAUAAUGAAGCGGCCUGGGCUAAAGAGGAUCUUCUCAGGGAACAAAAUAAAGAACUGGCAACAUUUAGAAGAGAGCAUGAUCAUUCUGAAGCUGAAAGGGCACAGCAUAUACAGCAAUUGCACGACCUUCAAGAACAUUUUCAAGACAAGGAAAGGCAGAUUCUAGAGUUGCAGGAACAGCAUAGGGUUGAUCAGGAGACUGUAUAUUUGAAGGAUGAACAAUUGAAAGUUUGGAUCGCACGUGUUCAGGAGAUGGAUGCCUUGCAUUCUAAUGCCAACCAUUCCUUACAAGCUGAAUUGAGAGACCGCACAGAGCAGUAUAAUCAGCUUUGGCUUGGCUGUCAACGACAGUUUGCAGAGAUGGAGAGAGUUCAUCUACAUACUGUACAACAGCUUCAGUUUGAACUAGCUGAUGCCAGAGAAAGGAGUGGAUCCUAUGCAGACGAGUCACACCUAUCUCAAUCAAACACAAAGGAUGAAUCAAACUUUAUUCAGAACAAUGGUAACCAACUUGAUGUAAAUGGAACUGCUGCAUCCAUUGCUAGUAAUGGAGAACUGUCAAAUGGGAAUGCGGACAAUGCUCAGUCUUUUGCGUCAACUGGAAAUGCACAUCAGACCAACCAUGUUGCUGGUGUUCCAAUGGCUCCAACAUCCUUACUCGGGAUGCCUACCUACCUUCCACCUGGGCAGGUGACUGCACUGCACCCAUUCAUUCUGCAUCAACAGGGGAUUCCCCAUUCUAUGGCAUCUCAUGUUCCCCAAUCUCAUGCUGGACAUUUUCACUCAGUACCUGCAAUGUCAUCUGUCCCGCACUGGCAGAAUGGGCAGGCUGUAACAGAGAGUGCACAAUUACCUGCACAGAAUCAACUUGCAUCAUCUGAAGUUGAUCAUAACCUCAUGAGUUCAGAUGGGAAGUAUGACUAUGAAAGGUCUGUUAAUGGCCACGAGUUUCAUCCAGACUAUCUAGAUGUUCACAUCAGUCAAGGAGCAGAGCCAGAUUCUGUAAUCUCAUCAUCCACAGGGGAAUCACAGGUUAUUGAGUCGAUUGACAGGGGUUACUUGGUCAAUCCCCAACCUGAGCAGAGCUUGCAAGAGAUUUCUUCCCAAUUUAAUGAUGCCUUGAGAUUGAAUCCUCCUGAACGGAAUACUGAAACGAAGGAUCAAAAUGUUUUGAACUUUAAUAACCAUGGCCAAGCUUUGAUGGAAGAGCAGGCAAGUUCUGCUGCCAGUGCAUCACUAUCUGAAACAUCCACGCAUUCAGUUAAUGUCAACGAAACCACAAUCAACAAUGGAACUGCUGCUGUUUCGACUAAAGCAUUGAUCUCAUCUGAGCAGACAAAUAUGGUUACCGGAGGAAAAACUUCUGAGACUCCUCUCCUCGAUGAAAGAUCUCUGUUGACUUGCAUAGUUCGCACCAUUCCAGCUGGUGGCCAAAUUCGGAUCAAUUCAACACUACCAAAUAGACUUGGCAAGAUGCUUUCACCUUUGCAUUGGCAUGAUUACAAGAAAAAAUAUGGAAAGCUAGAGGACUUUGUGGGUGGUCACCCAGAAUUGUUUUUGAUCGAGGGUGACUUUAUCCAGCUUCGGGAAGGAGCUCAAGAAAUGAUAGCUGCUACAGCAGCUGUUGCUAAAGUUGCUGCUGCUGUUGCAGCAUCAUCUCCUUACUCAUCAUUCUUGCCAUCUGUGGCUGUUACUCCCAUGGCACAAUCUCAUCGACUUAAGAAGGUUCCGUCAAUUGAAUCAAAGUUUUCUAAUGGUGUUAAUUUUGGGGUUGCUGGAGGCAUAUCAAAUGUAAAAUUUUUGAGCAAAUCAAAAGAUUCUCAAGAACUAAAUGUGCCAGAUUCUGAUAGAUCCAGCGUAAGCAGUACUCAAAGCAAGGGCUCAAUUCAUGGGACAUCUAACUCAAUUUAUACUGGAAAACAGCAGAGCAGGACAACUGGAGCUGCAUUAACUUCUAGAAGAUAGUAUGGAGGCAAUGUCCAACAUAUGAAUGAAUUCAUGGAGUUAACAGGAGUGCAGAUUGGGCAUUUAUGGGAGCGAUCUGUGGUAGAAUUGUGCUCUUGAUGAAAUUGCCAGCCAUCUUUUGCUUCUGAUAGAAUCCACCAUUGGACUUAGCUGAUUUUUUUUUAUCCUCUUUAGUUUUAUGCUUUUGGAAAAAACCUGCUUUUUGUGUGUUUAUGAUACCGAAGACGAACUCGUUCAACUUUCUGCAUUGAUAUUCAUGCACACAAUUGCUUCUGUGCAUUUGAUAGUCCAUACCUCCUCCUGUCAGCUCCUUUUCUUUGUGAGUUUUCUCUAAGCAAAUUAUCUUUGCUCCA